AUGCCUGAAGCACCAAAACAACCCCAGAAGCCCACUGAAUAUGAAUAUGAUGUGGCUGAAAAAAACAAGAAGACUCUUCACUUUAUUGAAGAUGUUACAGCAAACGCUGAUCAAGUUCAAAAAAGGGUUCUUGCUGAAAUUCUCUCUAGAAAUGCCCAUGUUGAGUACUUGAAAAGAAAUGGACUCAAUGGGCAUACUGAUAGAGAGACUUUCAAGAAAAUCAUGCCUGUCAUUACAUAUGAAGAUAUUCAGCCUGAUAUUACCCGUAUCGCCAAUUGCGAUAAAUCACCUAUUCUUUGCUCUCAGCCCAUUUCUGAGUUCUUGACUAGUUCAGGGACAUCUGGUGGGGAGAGAAAACUGAUGCCUACCAUUGAGGAAGAAUUGGGGAGGAGAUCAUUGCUUUAUAGCCUUUUGAUGCCUGUGAUGAGCCAGUUUGUUCCUGGCUUAGACAAAGGCAAAGGAAUGUAUUUUUUAUUCAUAAAAUCUGAGGCUAAAACACCAGGUGGACUGGUGGCUCGGCCUGUUUUAACUAGUUAUUACAAAAGUAAUCAUUUCAAGAAUAGGCCUUAUGAUCCCUAUACAAACUAUACUAGUCCAAAUGAAACCAUUUUGUGCCUUGACUCUUACCAAAGUAUGUAUUCCCAAAUGCUUUGUGGGUUAUGUCAAAACAAGGAGGUUCUUCGGGUUGGAGCUGUUUUCGCCUCAGGUUUCAUUCGUGCAAUCCGGUUCUUGGAAAAGCACUCGACCCUUCUUUGUAAGGAUAUUAGAACAGGAACUCUUAAUCCAAAAAUUACAGAUCCAUCGGUGAGGGAGGCAGUAAUGAAAAUUCUUAAACCCGACCCAAAGUUGGCGGAUUUCAUUGAGGCUGAAUGUAGUAGGGAGUCAUGGCAGGGAAUUAUUACUAGGUUGUGGCCUAAUACUAAGUAUGUAGAUGUUAUUGUGACAGGGACUAUGUCACAAUAUAUACCAACACUUGAUUACUAUAGCAAUGGCCUACCUCUUGUAUGCACAAUGUAUGCUUCAUCAGAAUGCUAUUUUGGUGUCAAUCUUAACCCGCUUUGUAAACCGAGCGAAGUCUCUUACACUCUCAUACCCAACAUGGCCUAUUUCGAGUUCUUGCCUGUCCAAAGAAAUAAUGGUGGGAUCAAUUCUAUUUCCAUGCCCAAAUCCCUUAAUGAAAAGGAACAGCAAGAAUUGGUUGAUUUGGUUGAUGUCAAGGUUGGACAAGAAUACGAGCUCGUAGUCACCACUUAUGCAGGGCUUUAUCGGUACAGAGUUGGGGAUGUGCUUCGUGUUGCUGGAUUCAAGAACAAUGCCCCGAAAUUCAAUUUCAUUUGCCGGAAAAAUGUUGUUCUAAGUAUUGAUUCCGACAAAACCGAUGAGGUUGAGCUCCAAAAUGCAGUGAAAAAUGCAGUGACUCAUUUAAUGCCAUUUGAUGCACAUCUAACUGAGUACACAAGCUACGCAGAUACCACAACAAUUCCAGGCCACUAUGUCCUGUUCUGGGAGCUUAAUGUAAAUGGUUCGACUCCAAUUCCCCCUUCGGUUUUCGAAGACUGUUGCCUCACCAUCGAAGAGUCACUCAACACGGUGUACCGCCAGAACCGUGUCUGCGAAUCAAUUGGCCCUCUGGAGAUCAAAAUAGUGGAAGCUGGGACUUUUGACAAACUCAUGGACUAUGCCAUUAGCUUAGGUGCUUCAAUUAACCAGUACAAGACACCCCGGUGUGUCAAAUUUGCACCGAUAGUAGAGCUGUUAAAUUCCAGGGUCGUCUCUAGCAAUUUCAGUCCCAAAUGCCCAAAAUGGACUGCUGGCCAUAAGCAAUGGAACAAUAUGAACUGA